CAGCGCAUCCUCCGGACUUUCCCCGCUGAUAAACCUGAUCAUAUCUGCGGGUUAAAGCAGCAGGAGUCUCUCCGCAGCUCCACACUUUCACUCCUCCGCUUUUAUCGACGCUUCCAGAAACUUCAGGAGCAGGAAGAUGAACGACAGCGAACCGAGCAGCUCCCCGCUGGCGGAGUACGGCUUCGAGCGGCGGUUCGACGAGAGACGGGCUCUGGAAUGGAUGCAGGAGAACUGGUAGGAAGAACUGGAGGCAGUCCUUCAUGUUCUGUGGCCUUUAUGCUGCACUCGUCUUCCUCGGUCAGCACUACAUGAGGGAACGACCCAAACUGAACCUGAGGCGUCCGUUGGUGCUGUGGUCGCUCAGCCUCGCCGUGUUCAGCAUCAUUGGGGCGUUCAGGACGGGACUCUACAUGCUGCAUGUCCUGGCAAACAGCGGCUUCAGACAGUCGGUGUGUGACAACAGCUUCUACAGCGCCCCCGUCACCAAGUUCUGGGCCUACGCCUUCGUCCUCAGCAAAGCUCCGGAGCUGGGAGACACGGUGUUCAUCGUCCUGAGGAAGCAGCGCCUCAUCUUCCUGCACUGGUACCACCACAUCACCGUGCUGCUCUACUCCUGGUACUCCUACAAGGACCAGGUGGCGGGCGGUGGCUGGUUCAUGACCAUGAACUACCUGGUCCACUCGCUCAUGUACACGUACUACGCCGCCCGGGCCGCCGGCCUCCGGGUGCCUCGUCCCUUCGCCAUGAUCAUCACGGCCACCCAGAUCUUGCAGAUGGUGAUGGGCCUCGCCGUGGUGGGGCUGGUGUACCGCUGGAUGCACGAGGUCCGCUGUCCGUCCAACCUGCACAACAUCACGUGGGGCUCCUUAAUGUACCUCAGCUACCUGGUCCUGUUCGCCUCGUUCUUCUACAACAGCUACCUCAAAGGAUCGUCCAAGGAGAAAGGACAAAAGGUCGAGUAACUCGUCUGUACUGCGCUCACGGUCGUGUUAAAUUGUGCCAUCAGUAGAGGUGACCAACAUCGAGAAGCCAUGAACGUGGUCCAAGUCCCAGUACUAGACAACAAAAACAAUGAUACAUCUACGGAUUUAGAGCGUUUGGGAAGAGGAGACCGACUCGGACUCAGCACAUUUUAAUACGACCUCCUGAGUAGCUAUGGAGGGUGACUAGAGAGGAGUAGACCGCACUUCAUUUAAGUUAUUGCAUUGGCUACGUAGACUUUUGACCGGUAGCUAAAAACAGCCGUACGGGGGCCAAACAUUCGUCAGAGGGGGUUUAUUAAAGGCACUUUUCCACUGGCACCUACUCGGCUCGACUUGACUUGAAUCGAUUUAGGUGGUUUUCCGUUACAAUCGAGUACCACCUGAUCGUGGGUGGAGUCGUCGUAGCACGGCAGCCCAGAAGUCCCUUAACGUCAUUUGUGUGCGACACAAACGCAACACAUCAAUGGAGAACGACGGUAUACCUGCUGCUGGGUCAUAUUCAAAUUUUUCCAAGUUCCAUGAAGAGCAAUGUUCACCGUCGCUAUUGCCAGUUUUUUUUUUUUAAAUGGCGGGUUUGGUUUCAUGAAGGAGUCGCUCUCGUGUGUCGUCACUCCCUGUCCAGUCAGUGGCCUGCACUCUGUAGACGUCACGUUAUCAGCUCGCUGGGAACCCCGGCCGAGUAGGUACUAAAAUAGUACCCUACCUACCCUACCCUACCUACCUAAUGGAAAACCUCACAAACCGAGUAGAGUCAAGCUGAGUAGGUGCUGGUGGAAAAGUGCCAUAAUGUUUGUUUGUUUGUUGAAACUAUGAAGUGAGUCCUUGACAUAGAAGCACUUGUUGAUUUUUGCAUUGUUGAAGAAAUGAUUUGACGGUUAGGUAAUUAUGCUGAAAGUGAGAUGAGAGGAUCGAAAUUAGCUUAGCUUAGCAUAAAGACUGGAAGGAGGGGAUUGGAAAAGCACUUCUAACACUAACUAUAUGAAAUGUGACCUGUAUAUGAGCAGAGAUGUUUGAUUCAGCACCCAACUGGUUGUGGAUUUUUGGAGCCAAUGCUGAUUUUGAGAAGGUAAAAACAUCUUCAAUCUUAAUAUUGUUUUAUUGGCCAGUAUUUUAUAUAUAUCAUAUGUAUGUUUGAGUAAUAUUUACAGGAUGUAUUCCACGUACUAGUUAUCAGUUCCCCAUGAAGACACCAUUUGACUCAGCACCACUGACUGCUCUGCUACAUGUGCUGCAGACAGCUAAAUCUUGGAUAUAAUGGAAUCAGAGCCGCCCUGCUGGACAAGCUAUGCAAUGACACUAUUUCUAAAUGACCUUUUAGUGUCUUUUUCUGCAUUAUAUUCGAUGUAUCCGAUAUCAAACAACAAUAUUGACCAACUGAUUUGUUACUCAAGCUCUAGUUUGACCCAUUUGCUGUUUAGAUUUUUGGAUAAAUUUAGAUUUUGCUUUCUUUACAGAGAAGAUUCUCCAAAACUUGGCCAGUGUAGUCUCUGUUAGCACCUGUUGUUUACCUAGAAAUAAUCCUGACUGGGAACCUUGUCUGAUUUCGUUCCUAUGGCAGAGAAAUGUGUGAACUAGUGAGUAUUAGAGGUGUGUUUUCCAGACUAGCCGUUUCCCUCGGCUCUACAGCCUUUAUGCCAAGCUAGGCUAACCGCCUCCACCAGAAUGUUGAACCAUUCCUUUAAAAUAGUGUCUGUUUUGAACUGCAACCAGCAGCAUAGGAACUAAAAGGGAAUAAAUACUAAUGCACUGAUGACAAAGGGAUGUUUUCCACUAAUAAUAUGCAGAUCUGAAGCUGCCUUUGGAAAUAAUCGUGUUCCUAGAAUCACCGACCUGAUGAAGGCUUCAGCGUUGAACCCUCCCAGUGCUGCUCAUCAUGUAAACCACAGACCUUUGCACUGGACUGUUUGUAGCUACAGUAAAUGACUCACCAGCUGUGUUUCCAUUAAGGAUUUUUAUGCACAAUUUGAAGGAUUGCAUUAGAAGAAAGUCUAUAGAAUUGGCAGCAUUUGAAAAAUAAGCUGUGUCAUUAAAGACACGUUUAUCUCAUGUUUUUGAGUCAUUUUUGUUAAGGUUUUGUUGUUUUGGACACAUUUCAAAUAAUUUUAGACUCAUUUUAGACACAAUUUGGUUCUUUUAUUGGACAAAUUUCAAGACAUUUUGGAUGAUUUUCUGUCAUUUUGGACAUUUUGAGUCAUUAUGAACAUAUAAUGGGGUAAUUUUGGACAAAGAUUUAGUCACUCUGGGCAAAUUUUAAAUUAAUUUUGGCAAAAUUUGAGCCGUUUUAGCCAGAUUAUUGGUCAUUUAGGACAAUUCUGUUAUUUUUGACAUUUUUUUGAGUCAAUUUGGAGAAGAUUUUGAUAUUUGAAACAAAUUUUAAAUCAUUUUGGGCAGAUCUUAUCUCACUUUGGACACUUUUGAGUGAUUUUUCAAGACAUUUUGGACAAUAUCUGUCACUUUAAGCAGAUUUUGAGUAAAUUUUGCACAAAAUUUGAGCCAUUUCAGAUAGAUUUUCAGUUAUUUAGGCAACCAUUCUGUCAUUUUGGACUAUUUUUUGCGUAGUUUUGAGGCAAAGUAUUGCUAUUCUGGACAAAUUCUGAGUCCUUUUAGACAAAGUCUGGGUCAUUUUGGGUCACCUUUCUGGUUUUAAAUGCGUUUGUGAUUGCUGUCUUUGUGCAACAUACUGCCACCUGCAGCCUCAUUUGUUAGCUCCAAUGAUUAAUGGAAAACGAGUCCAAUUUGCAUUUUCUUUUAGAUGUUUUUUGCAACAUUUCAAAAGUUUGCCAUAAAUGUGUUUGAUCAUUUGAUGGAAACACAGCUCGUGACUGCUUCAGUUGGCAUUUAUUUGCAAACACAGCGACUGAUUUGAACAUCAGUGUAACCUGACCUUCCCUUCAUGUCUGCUCUUACCUCAUGUGCUGUUUGUUGCUUUAAAACGUCUGACUAAUGAGAGGAAGCCGUCCCAGAGCAAACUGCUCCCAGGAGGUGGAUUGUUUGAGGGUAAAAGUUAAAAUCCUAAUGUUUUCAUGCUUUUCUUUAAAAGCUGCACAUUCUGCAGAAACCACAUGUAUAGAUGCGUACAGAGACAGGAUUACUGUAAACACUGCACUGCCUUUGUCACGUUUAGAUAGUUUGAUUUUGGGUCGACUGAGUGGUUGGGGUUCAAAAACGUGGCUUUUAUGCUGUUAUAAUUGAGCCACAUCUUUAAAGGCUGGCCUUCUGCUGCUCUCUUUCCUCAUAUUUCUUGACUUUUUUUUAAUGAUCCUGUCAAAAUAUAAAGGGAAAAUGCCAAAAAACUAAGCAAAACGUGCAUAAACCUGCCGUUAAUUUCUACAAUCAACCAGAAAAAGAACUUUUGCCUGAUUAGUCAUUUUUUAAAAACAUUUUCUAGUUUUCAUUGUUCUAUAUGACCAUUUAUUGGACAUUUUCCAGUUUGUCUGGCAAUUUUUCACCACUUUGUUACCAGCAUAAACAAUCAAUUAUUUGAGAAAACAUUUAUCCAUAAAGAAUUUUUUACUGGUUGUGGCUCUUUAGUUUUCAUAAAUGACACUUUUUUCCAAAUUAGAAAACUUUGGCCAAAUGACUGAAAAACCCAAACUGUCCAAGAUGACCUAAACCUGUCAUAAUACUAAAAAAAAAUGUUCAAAAGCCUCAAACCUUUCCCAAAAUGAGACGAAAUUGGCCAAAGUAACAUCAACCUGUCCAUAAAAUGCACAGAAUUAUUUUUAAAAAGCUGCUCGCAGUCAUUGAAAUUUCUCCACAAUGCUCAAAAUUUGUCUGAAAUGAAUCAGAAAUUGUCCAGGAUUGCUCCAAAUUUAUCCAAAGAAGCAGCAAAAUAAUUUACAAUAUAAAAAAAAUAUCCAAAAUGAUGUAAACGUGUCCUAAAUGACUUUAAAUUUGUCUGAAAUAGGUUUAAAAAUGGUCCAAAAUGUCUCAAAACGUGACCAAAAUUAAUUUUCUUAAGCUGUUAAAGCAAAUAAAAGAUACUAAUGGAUCUGUUUGCUUUGAAGCAUUUCUGCCUUUAUUUUAAGGCAGAAAACUGGAAGAAACGCGGUAUUCGAAGCAGGGAUUUCCUGCCCUGGACCAAAGUGUGUUUUACACCUGAACCACUCGGUUUUCUUGAAGCGUCACACGUGUAAAAUAGACGUCAUUUUGUUGCUUUUUCCAUCCAAAUAUCACGAUUAUCUACAUUUAAUCUGCUGACAGACUGAUCGUGAAGCCACUUUUGCCUCUUUAACGUGAAGAAAGACUCUUAAAACCUCUGAUAGUUGAUGUUUAAAUGUGUUGCACUGUAGUUUUUGUGUUUGUGAUUCCAGACCAUGUCCUGUGUUUUACUGUAGACUUUCAUCACAGAAGCUGCUUCUUUCAUGAAGUUAAACACUGAGGAGGAGUUUGGCUCAUUUAAAGUUAAUUCUGCCGUCAUGUCCGACCACUAAAGGUGUUUGAUCCAGAAGGGGGUUUACAUUUAUGUCUGUGCUUUAGAAAAGACGAAGUUUUGAUAAUUUCAGCUCCAACAUCCAGUCCACUAGUUUGUCUUUCUCAUCCUUUAACCCUCCUGUUGUCCUCAUUUACAGGCACCAAAAACAUAUUGUUCCCUUGUCCGAAAAAAAUCCAAAAAUACAGCAAAAAAAUAAAUAAAUAAAUAAAAAAUUCCCAAAUUUAUAAAAAUGUAUAAAAUCUUCAGGAAGAAAAUUCCAAAAAAAUUGGUGCAAUUUUCCUUUAAAAGUUUUAUUUAAAAAAAAAAAUAAAUAAAUAAAAUAAAAAUUUGCGAGAAAUAAAAAUGUAAAAAAACUAAAAAACUAAAUAAAAAUUGUAAAUAUUUUUAAAACAUGAAUAAAAAUCUCCAGAAAAAACUCCUAAAAUUAUCUAAAGUGAUUACAUAUAUAUCAGUAAAAGCAGCAAAAUUCGCUGGAUUUUGGUUGAUUUUUUUUUCUGAAUGUUCUUAAACUUUUUUUUUUUAACAUUUCUUUUUUCCACCAAAAAAUGUUCAAAAAUUUCCCAAAAAUGUUGAAGUUUUCACUGUGAAAAUUUCUUUUUUUCCACAUUUUCAAACUUUGAAAUGGGUCAAUUUGACCCAGAGGACGACAUGAGGGUUACGUUGAGGAGAAAAAACUGCCAGAGACCAACUGAUUCCUGAAACUUGUUCUGUCAGACUGGAAUUAAUUGUAAUUUUGGAUCAUUUAUGUGCCAAAUUUUGCUUCUGUUUUUGUUUUCCUCUCAUGCAUUAAUGUGAACCUAAUGUUUGUGAAACACUGAUUUUCACGCCUGUGGAUUCUAACGUCAGCUGUGUUCGAAGGAACAAACACAAUUUAAGGGCUUCUAACGUUGAAAUGUUGUUACAAUAAACCCAUUCUGGUUAGAAACGUC